AUGGCCAGCCCUUCACUCUCCGGAGGAAACUCCGCCUUCCCCAACUACAACGCCACCUUUGCCCAUAUCGAAGACCCCAACGAGCGUCGCCGACGUGCCCUCGCCCAGAUCGACACCGCUCCCUUUGGCUGGCGUCACGCCCGCGCCGUCGUCGUCGCCGGCGUCGGCUUCUUCACCGACUCCUACGACAUCUUCGCCAUCAACCUGUGCUCCGCCAUGCUGGGCGUCGUCUACUGGCAGACGGCCGCCACCCGCCCCGGCAAGAUCCCCUACAGUGCCGACACCGCCGUCAAGGUGUCCACCUCGGCCGGCACCGUCGUCGGCCAGCUGCUCUUCGGCUGGCUGGCCGACCGCAUCGGCCGCAAGCGCAUAUUCGCCACGACCAAACACCGCGGCGCGAUGAUGGCCGCUGUCUUCGCCAUGCAGGGGUUCGGCCCAGUUCGCCGCCGCCAUGGUGGCGCUCGUCGUGACGGCCGGUUUUCAGGGUUCGCUCGAGUCGGCUGCCUCGGUGAGCACGUGCUCCGGCGUAUGCCAGCUCGCCGUCGACAAGAUGUGGCGCGUGAUUAUCGGCUUCGGCGCGGUGCCGGGCUGCCUCGCGCUGUACUACCGUCUGAAGAUCCCCGAGACCCCGCGGUUCUCCUCGGCACGGCAGGGUCGUGGUUUUUCCUCGACGUUGCAUUCUACGGCCUCGGCCUAAACAACUCUCUCAUCCUCAGCGCCAUCGGCUGGUCCGGCGGAAGCACCGUGUACGAGUACUUCUACCGCAACGCGGUCGGCAAUCUAAUCCUGAUCUGCGCCGGGUCUAUCCCGGGGUACUGGAUGACGGUCGCGACGGUGGACACCCUCGGACGCAAGCCAAUCCAGCUCGGCGGGUUCAUCAUACUAACGAUAGUAUUUAUCGUAAUCGGCUUCGCCUACGAACCGCUGAAGCACUCGCACAACGGCCUUCUAGCCCUCUACGUCGUCGCGCAGUUCUUCUUCAACUUCGGCCCCAACGCCACCACCUUCAUCGUGCCGGGCGAGUGCUUCCCCACGCGCUACCGGUCGACGUCGCACGGCAUCAGCGCCGCGUCGGGCAAGAUCGGGGCCAUCAUCGCGCAGUGCGUGUUCGGGCCGCUGGCGCACAAGGGGGCCACGGGCGGCAAGGAGUCGAGCGAUACCCCGUGGCUGAACCAUGUGAUGCAGAUUUUUGCGCUGUUCAUGCUGUGCGGGUGUUUUACGUCGCUCUUGAUCCCCGAGACGAAGCGCAAGACGCUGGAGAGCAUGGCGGACGAGGAGACAGAAGCGGCGAGCGAGGGCGGGAGCCACGCGGGGUCGAAGAAUGGGGCCAUGUUGCGGGUCGGAGAGCGUGAGUAUACAAGUUACCUUAGGUGGUAUAAUGUUCAUCACAUCCUCCCGCUCGUACCUGUCGCUCCAACCGCCACUGACCAUCAUCACCUACCACAACUGAUCGCAAUGCAGCCAACUCCACCACUGACAACCCGAACAACCACCGACGAGACAGAAAUCAUCUCGUCGCUGCGCCUCAUCGCCGACAGCAUCGCGCAACAGCGCCAGACCGCCGCCCGCCGCUUCCUCACCCACCCGCUCUACCUCACCGUCCUCACCUUCGCCCUCUACCUCGUCUACCGCCUGGUCUACCACGGCCCCGACGAUCGCGGCACGCUCCUGACCACCUGGAGCGGCUGUCUGAUGGCCAGCCUGCUGGUCGCGCAGUACCAGACGGCGCGAUACAUCGAAGCCGCCGAGCGCACGGGCACCUUUCGCUGGCUGUUUCAGGGGGACGACACGUCCCCCAUGAAACCAGCCGACCAGCCCGAGUAUGACCUGUCAUCUCUGCCCGAUCACAUCCUGGUGACGACGUUGGGCGACGAGAUCAUCGGCACGCUCAUCCUGCGCCCGGAGCGGCGCGCGAACCCUGGGGCUGUUGCGGCCGGAGAAGAUUCUGGUCACGGUGGAGACGAGACGGUGGGCGCGGUGCGGGCCUGGACGGUGCGCCGGAAGUACCGUGGGCUCGGCGUUGGGCGGGAGCUGUGGGCGGCUGCGGCAGAGAUUUGUCGGCGGGAGAAGUGGGAGGGGCCGCAGAUGGCGAGAUGGCAUGCGAAUGCUGAGGAGAGGAUGUAUUCUGUGUGA